AUGACUACUGAAAAUGAAAAUGAGCUUCUGACAGUUCUCUACGGCACACAAACUGGAUGUGCCGAGAACUUGGCGUUUACUCUCUGCUCAUUAGCGUUGAAGCGAGGCUUUAAACAGUGUCGCUGCUUACCUGCGGAUGAGUUUCCUCUUGAGAGAUGGAGAGAGGCCUCUCCGUUAGUGAUUAUUACAUCUAACGCCAAUCAGGGUGAAGCUCCAGAGACAAUGCGUACUUCAUGGGUACGAUUGCUGCAACCGAAUGCCCCAUCUAUGGAUGGUAUGCGGUUUGCUGUUUUUGGAGUGGGGGACUCUUUAUAUCAGAAAUUUAAUUAUAUGGGAAAAAUGCUUCAUAAUCGUCUUAAACAAUUAGGUGCAGUGCCGCUUGUGAACAGAGGCCUUGGUGAUGAGAGCGACGCAAAGGGACACGAUGAAGUGUUUCUUCCCUGGAUGAUACAGUUGUGGAAAUCUUUAGGGAAAUUGUCUCCAAAUGAGGAUGAAAUGACAACAGAAAAUCCCUUAAUAGCUCCUCUUCUUACGAAAUAUAAUGUUACUAUUAGUAAUGACUGUAUGCAGCAGCAGCAGCAGCAGCAAGAAAAUACGGUAAAGGAGGAAGUAUACCAUAAUGAAUCUGUUUUUGAUUGUAUUGUGAGGCAAAAUCAUCGUCUCACUGCUGAAGAUCACUUUCAGGCUGUUCAUCAUUUGGUCUUUUCACGAGAUGUCAUUCGCAGAAAAGGUGAUGGUGGUGUACAACAAACUAACUCACUUUCCUUUGAAGUUGGUGAUGCAUUGGGUAUCUACUGUAGUAACAGUGAGGAGAUGAUAGAGAACUUUCUAACUCAAAUGAAAUAUAAUGGUGAUAUGAUUAUAUGUAUUACACCUAACACAUCUGAAGGACUUAUUCAACAGAAAAAUCAACCAUUUUUUGGUAAAUCAAUGACACUUCGUUUUUUUUUACGUCAUUACGUGGAUUUAGAAGCUGUUGCAAAUCGUUCCUUCUUGGGUAUGCUUGCACGGUUUGCCGUAGAUGAUGAAAUUAAGGAACGAUUAAUUGAACUUUCAUCAUCUGAUCACUUGGAUGAGUUUAUGUCAUAUUCUCAUCGUGAAAAGAGAAAUGUAGUAGAAGUUUUGGGUGAUUUCCACAUGGUUUCUCCACCGCUUUCUACACUACUAAGUUACAUACCCACUAUGCGUGCACGUCUCUUUUCUAUUUCUUCCUCACCUUCAUUUGACCUUACAGAGAUUCAUCUCACAGUUGCACAGAUAUCUUGGCAGACACCUUACAAACGUAUGCGAAAAGGUCUCUGUAGUUCUCGUUUAGUUUCCUCUGUACCUGGAGAUAUUUUCACUUGUUUUUUAUGGUCUGGUACAUUGCUUAUGCCAAUGAAACCAUCUCCUUUGUUGUGUGUGGGUACUGGAACUGGAAUUGCUCCACUUCGUUCUAUUAUUCGAGAAUGUGCAGCAAAUGUAAAGGAAUGGGGUGAUAUACCUAUUCUAUUAUUUUUUGGUUGUAGAUAUGAGAAAAAAGAUUACCUUUAUCAUAACGAAUGGGAUGAACUAGGUAAAAAUUGUUUAAAACAAAUGAAAGUAAUACCUGCAUUCUCUAGAGAUAGAGAGAAGAAAAUCUACGUGCAACAUCAACUUGGUCAACAUGCAAAGCGUGUAGCACAAUUGUUAAAUGAAGGGGCUUACAUUUAUAUAUGUGGAAAUUCAAAAACGAUGCCAAAGGAUAUUGCUGCAACUGUGGAAGAUAUUGUUGUACAAUGUUCUUGUGAUGGAGAUGAUGAACGUGGGCAGAAGUAUAUGAAAGAACUUCAUAAACAGGGUCGAUAUGUUGUGGAUACAUGGUCUGCAUGA